UCUGCGCAAGCGCAACCCGAACACGGGCUCCGGGCUCACCAGGCCGCCGGAGCGCAGACCUCCGGAAAAGCUCGUUUCGAACCCUCCAAUCCAAAUCUGCUCUCCCAACCUGCAGAACUCGCCGCCGGCCACUGCUCCGACGAUCUCCCUGCUCCCCCUUUUCUCCACCCCCAAACCCCACGCCAGCCCAACACCGCCCGACCAUGUCGCGCAAAAACUACCGCAAGCGGACCAUCGAGCCGGACGCCGACGACCACUCCGACGACGAGGACACCAGCCGCGUCGCCCUGGAGGAGAUCAAGUACAUGCAGAAGCUGCGGGAGAGGAAGCUGGGCAUCCCCGCCGACCCCGCGGCCGCCUCCACCAACGGGUCCUCCGCCCGCGGACGGGUGGGUGUCGGGGGAGCGGCCGUCGGCGAGGCCGAGAAGGAGGACCUCGUCCUCCAGGACACCUUCGCGCAGGAGACCGCCGUCACCAUCGAGGAUCCCAAUAUGUUGAAGUAUGUGGAGACCGAGCUGGCGAAGAAGAGGGGUAAGAUGGUUGAUGUGGGACAAAAGGAGGAGAUGGACCAUGUGGACGAGCUCUACACCGUGCCAGACCACCUCAAGGUGAAAAAGAAGAACUCGGAGGAGAGCUCGACACAGUGGACCACUGGCAUUGCUGAAGUUCAGCUGCCUAUUGAGUACAAAUUAAGAAACAUUGAAGAAACUGAGGCAGCUAAAAAGAUGCUGCAAGAGAAAAGGCUUGCUGGUAAACCAAAAUCAGAUUCAAAUAUUCCAUCAAGUUACAGUGCUGAUUAUUUCCAUCGCGGCAAAGAAUAUGAUGAGAAAUUGCGAAGAGAGAAUCCUGGGCUGUACAAAGAUAAAGAUUCUCGGGCUAAUGAAAGUGCAGGGGGCAAAGUAGCAGAUAGUAAAAACCCAGAUGGUGCCGCUGCAGGACGGAGAGAAGCUGCUAGUGAUCAGUUCAUGCUCGAGCGUUUCCGCAAGAGAGAAAAAUUCCGUGUCAUGCGAAGGUAGCCAGAGCUGACUGGCUGCUAGACUGCUGCCAUUGACCCGUUGCCUUUGAAGCUCGAACAUGUUGUUGUGAUCACAUGGAGGCCUCAAUAUAUCCUGUCCAUUUUAGUGAGAAUUUUGCUAUAGAGUUGCAUCCUUGGUUGUUGACUCUGCUUUUGCAGCUGCUAAGGGCACGGAGCAGAGUAAACCCUUAUUACAGAGGUGAUUUGGGGCAAUAGAUUUGAGGGGAGGGCUAUCAAAAAUUCGUGCAAGCUCGGAGGCUCGGAUGUCUGAGGGGGGCCUUGCAGUGGUUGAUGACAUAGGAGCUGUAACUGGCCAGGAUCUUGCCAAAAACUCCAUGUUCAUCGGCACAGGAAGAGACAAAGGUGUGCUCUCUUUGGCCAAUAUAAAUGAGCUGCUGCGUUAUCUAUGGGAAAGGCCAAAGAUGCCAUUUUUUCUUUCGAGUUCAUGGCAAAGCCAGCGAUUUCAUCUUUCGCCUGGAAUAUACCGUUUCUCUGAGUUCCUCAAAGUCUGCUGCAGUGGUAUGUACCCUAGAUUUUAAGGACGAGCAAUUUGUGAGUUACUUUUGUUGCCUUUAUGGCUGGUUGCUUUGCUCUUCCUAGUUCAAUUUGAAAACCGUAGUAGUAAUUCUAAAGCCACAUUCUCUUUGGAGUUUAAAUAAGGGUACGGUACCCCCAUAUGCCUGUUUGCAAAUCCGUGGUGUUAUCUGGACCUGGUUUCUGAAGUCAGUUUUUGAACAGCGCUCUUUUUGGAACGAGAACU